AUGGCUCAGAACCCCGAUUACAUCAAGAAAUACCACCCAUUUGGUCGCAUCCCCGUUAUUCAAGAUGGGGACCUUCAGUUGUUCGAAUCUCGGGCCAUCUGUCGCUACAUCGUGGCCAAGUUUGGUGCCUCCAGUUCGCUGGAUGUCAUCACUAGCGGCGACCCUAUCAUGAUUGGGAAGUUUGAGAAAGCACUCAGCAUCGACUACUCCUAUUUUGACCCGUCUGUUCGAACUUUGUGCAAUGAGAAAUUGUGGAAGAAUCCUGCUGAGGCUGCCAAUCCUCUCGAGGUGGAGAAAGCGACAGCCAUGUUCAAGACUGCACUAGACUAUUACGAGGACUUGCUUGGCUCCAAUUCGUACUUGGUUGGCGACAGCUUCAGUCUUGCCGACAUCUACGUCUUCACUUGGAUUCCCUACGUCAAGUUUCUCGGUUUGUAUGACGAAGUUCCCGCUAGGCCUAAAUUUGAAGGCUUGUGGAAGAGGGUGUCGAUCCGACCGUCCUGGCAGAAGGUCUUGAAGGACAUGCCGCAGUAA